UCCAAGGGGCCGGCGUGGGCAUAUUCUGCAGGAAGCUGAAACAGCCGAAACAACAACUGGGCAGUGCCCACUGCAGCCUGCCCGCGACUGUGUGGAAGCUCUCUGAUGCUCAGCGGUUUCUGGUAGGCAACGUCAAAAGCUUCCUAAUAGCUGGGAUAUUCAGCACGACGAACACUACGCAAUGGCACCUGCUCAACUUUGCCACAAGACGAGACGUACAAAGUAGAGUGCAGCGUGAAAUCGACGAAGUGAUUGGUACCGAGAGGUUGCCAACAUGGGAAGAUCGAAGGCGCAUGCAUUACACCAUGGCGUGCAUCUGGGAAAUCCUCCGAUGGAAGCCGACACCUCCUCUUGGUGUACCGAGGGAGGCUAACGAGCACAUCGUGGUCGAUGGCUUUGUCAUACCAAGAGGCACUGUUGUCGUUUUCAAUCUGUGGGCCGCACACUACGACACUGAUCUCUGGCCUGAACCACAUCGCUUCGACGCUAGCCGAUUUCUUGACAAAGAUGGAUGCUUCUUACGUGAAAAGCUCGAUAAUAUGGUAUCAUUUACAGCAGGGAAGCGGUCAUGCCCAGGGGAGGUGUUUGCCUUAAUGGAAAUCUUCCUGCUCGUCACAUUUCUGUUACAAAAGUAUUCUGUCGUCCUCGAAGAGCCGCUACAGGACGACAUCGACGACCAGUGCACGACUCUUGAGAAAUUGAGCCAUGUUAGAGUGCGCUUUGUGCCACGUCACUAAGCUGAAGCUUAAGGCUUUAGGAAAAAGCAUGAGAUUUGGUAUUACACGUGCACGCUUCAGGUAUUCAUAGGAAAAGCCCUUACGAGUAAUGAGGUAAUGGGGUCAUGUUUCGAAGUACAUGACGGGCAAUGCGCUUAGCAAUGAUAUAUUAAACGUUGCGCAGUAUUAUUGACCACCUUUUCUUAUUAUCCUCAAAAUUUUCAAGAACACCUCAACCCCGAGCGGCCGUUCUAUUCAGGCAUGAGUUAGAAACAACCUCGA